UAAAAAUUCAAAGGAAAGGGGAAAAAAGAAAAAAUACACGCACAAGAAGAAGAAACGUUGGUCUCUCUCUCUCUCUCUCCCUGGUUCGAAAAAAAGCUUCACAGAGGACAAAGCGAGGGUUUUGUGAAGAAAGCGAAAGAGUAAAUGAAAGCCGAGCUUCAGAAAGAGAAAGUAGAGAGCGAAAACCCAUAAUACACGGAGAAGAGAGAGAAAUUCUAAAGAGAGAGAAGACCUUCUAUGUGAAGCCCUGUCAAAGCUAGGGUUCCCAAAUUCGUCGUUGAAGGUUUUGAAUAGCGAUAAAUAAAGAAAUCGUGCUGGAGAAGUUUCAAUCUUUCUGGAUACCAGGCAUUAAAUUACUGGAAGUUCCUAUUUGCUUUGCCUCUGUAUCCUUUGACUCACAAGGGUGGGGAUGAACUUUCCUAUUAAAAGCUGCUAGGUUUUAUGUGUGAAUCAUUCAUAAAAUUUUGUCCUGAAGCCUAUGGUGGUAUUUGAUGGAGAAAAAUGCGUUCUCAUCCCCCUAUGACUCAUUUGAAGCCCAACAGCAGCAUGGUAUGUGAAACAAUAUGACGCUCGAGGAUUUUUUCACCUUGACCGAGAUGAAAGAUGGGCUCACAGUGCCAUCUCGAGUUGAGGAGCUGGUUUCUGUGAUGCAGAAGGAGAAAGACUGUGUUGUGAAGAAUGUUGGUGAUGCAACCAGGCAGUGGGCUGCUGUUGCAAGCACUAUUGCUGCCACGGAGAAUAAUGAUUGUCUUAAUCUUUUUAUUCAACUGGAUGGUAUUGGGUUCAUUGAUAGAUGGCUAAAAGACGCUCAAAGAUUUUGUAAUGACACAAAUGAGAGCUUUGUAGAAGAGUCAAUUACUGCUCUUCUACGAGCACUUGAAAAGCUGCAUCCAAACAAUGAGAGGUCAGUAUGUUCUGGUAUCUGGAAUACCGUCAAGAAUCUUCUUGGCCACAAAAGCUCUAGGGUUCAGGAAAGAGCAAGAGUGCUGUUUGAUAGCUGGAAGCAGGAAACAGAUGGUGAUGCAGUUCAUCAUGAUUUUGAAAAUAUUGGGGUACUGGAUGAUGAAAAGAGUUCACAGGUGGUUGGAGAGGAUGCUAGACCUGCUGCUUUAGAUAUACCUACCCCUAUUGGAAGUGCUAAAGAAGAAACACAUACAUCAGAAGAUGCCAAAGAUCAAAUAUUGCCAUUAAGAAGAUCCGAUAGUCUUCAACCAGAAAGGAUUGAUGAUGUACAGAUUCAUCAUGACAAUCAGCUUAGCCCCCCAAAGACUUUAGACGGUUCAGACACGAAAGAGAAAUCUUCAGAUCCUUUGGUCUCCUCUACUAUGUUGAAUCCUGUUAAAGAAAACCCUCCUACAAAGGAAGAAUCCCCCACAUGUUCGGAAGGAGGAACCACUUCUGGGACUUGUAUCUUUCCCGUUCCUAAGAAAGGCACUGUUGAAGAACAGUCUGAUUUUCCAAAAGUUAAUGAGUCUUCCAAAAAUGAUAAGCAGGCAGAGAAAGUGUGCCCUUCUUCGGACAAGUUGAUUGGGACUGAAUUCUAUUCUUCAAUUACUCCAUCGGACACUGACGGUGUUGCUUCAGGUUCUAAUGCUGAGUUUGUAAAACAAUCUGCUUUACAAAAUAAUUUUGAUGCCAAUGAGAAAGAUGUCUGUCAAAAAGUCCCUGCCCUUGAUAGUACAAUGACUCCAUCUGAUUCUAAGAAUGGGAUUGGAGAUUUGAGGGUUAUUAAUCAAUGCAAUGCUCCUGCUCAAGAUGAUGAAUGUUGUACAAAUACGUUGCAGGACUCAUCCGGCAAUGACAGUAUGUCAGGAAAACCUGAGGAUUUAGAGACUUCUAGGAUGGAUGACCUUGGAGCAGUUGAAGAUAAGGAGCAUGUUAGUGAUGAAGAAGAGGAUUUGAGGAAUGCUUACAAGUACUCUAAACCAGUAAUGGAUACAAAAAGUACAAUGGAUGAUCCUCUUGAACUUGCUAGGAAGGUUGCUCAACAAGUUGAGAGAGAAGUGGAUUGCAGAGAACCAUUCUGCUGCUCCUCUUCUGAGAAAAUCUCAGAAGGUGGGAUAAGGGAGCCAGGUAGCCCAGACUCCAUAAACGGAAGAGAGGAUAUGUCCAUUGAGGCAACACCAAAAGAAAUUCCAACCGGACAAAGUCAUUCUGCUGAGGAGAAUUCUGAAAAAGAGGGGCACAGAGCACCAGAACCUUGUAUCCAUGAUGUAGAAUCCUCUCAGGUGACUGAAGCUGCUCAAGAACCAGAUAUGGAGACAGAAAAAGGACUGGGUGGUUUUGAUCUAAAUCAAGAAGUCUGCUCUGAUGAAAUGGACCAUCCAGUUAAUCCCGUAUCUACUCCCAUUCCAGUUGUAUCUGUUUCAAGACCACCAACUGCCCCUGGAUUGGUUGGAGCCCCUUUGCAGUUUGAGGGGACUCUUGGUUGGAAAGGAUCUGCUGCUACUAGUGCUUUCCGUCCAGCAUCUCCUCGUAGGAUUUCUGACGGUGAUAAGAAUCAUUCUAUUGGGGGCACCAGUGAUAGUUCAAAGCAAAGGCAGGAUUUUCUUGAUUUUGAUCUCAAUGUAGCUGAAGAUGGAGAUGAUUUGGGAAAAGAAAUUCCUGCAUCAUCUGGCCUCCCUUCUGGAGAAUCUUCAGUGGAAGUGAGCCCGAGAAAAUCAGAAAGAUUUAAGUUGGAUUUAAACCGCAUGGAUGAUGAUGGUGAUGCUGUACCAUCAGAUUUGAGGGUGGGAGGACGGCUCUUGUACAACCGAAAUGGCCAUCGCAGCCCGUCGCCAGCCUCAUCUUCAUCAUCAAUGCAAGCUAUGAGGAAUUUUGAUUUGAACGAUAGGCCACUUUUUCAGGACUCUCUAGACCAGGGACCCAGCAACUCUUCUCAAACUGUAAAUGCAUAUGGAGGUCCUAAACCAGAUGCUUCUGUUAUUUCUAUAAUGGGUACCAAAGUGGAGGUCAACAAAAAAGACUUUGUUACUCAAUCACUCUCCCUGACAAAUGGCAAGACCAUUGAACCUUCAGUUGAUGCUAGUCAAGCGAGAACAGGAAGCUUUUUGGGUUUGGGUCCCAUCGCCUCUUAUAAUCAUCCACCUGUUUUUGGGUAUAAUGGACUGCCAACAGGGCGACCGACAAUGUCUUUGACGUCUGCAAUGUAUGCACCUGGUGGCACAAUCCCAUAUAUGGUGGAUUCAAGAGGAGCCCAAGUUGUGCCUCAAAUUAUGGCCCCUGCAUCAGCUGUUCCACCUUCUUACUCCCAGCCGCCAUUCAUUAUCAGCAUGGCUAAUACACAGCCAGUUCUAAAUGGUGCUGGGCCCUCCUCACGCCCUAGCUUUGAUCUGAACUCUGGCUUCGUUGUUGACGGAGGAAAUAGGGACUCAAAUCUGAGGCAGUUUUUCAUUCCUGAUCAAGGAAGGUCUAUGGAGGAGCAUCUGCGGACUAACUCGCAACCCACUUCAAGUUCUGGUGUCGGUGGUAAAAGGAAGGAACCCGAUGGUGGGUGGGAGUCUUACCCGUUUAACUACACCAAACACCAGCAACCGCCAUGGAGAUAGAAAGUGUUUUUUUGUUAUUUAUCUGUGCUCCUACUCACUUUGGAAUGAAUUUCAUAAAAAUCCAACUCGUAGAUUGAUGAUGAUGCUUGCGUGCCAAAAUUGAUUCGAAAUAUUGUAGGUGAGCCCAUUGGCUUUAGUGGGAGGGGGAACUAGAAGUCAAUAAAGCUGGAGGAAAAUUAUCUUUAUGUAACAUGAUUUAUGCGAUUAAUUGCUGGGAGGGAAAAAAAAAAAAAAAAUUAGGUUCUUGUUUUAAUUUUGCUUUAAUUUUAAUUUUUCUUUUUCUGUGUUUCAUAGAAGGCAAUAUUCCAACACAGACUUGGCGCUUGUAGCUGUAAUUUCAUUUCCAUGUAUAUCACAAAAAUUAUAGGAACAAAGAUCUCUGUCUUUAGCGGAGUGUGACUUUUCAUGACGAGGGGUAGCGGAUGAACAAGGUCAGGGCUGACUGUUUAAAGAAACAGAUGAGAGAUGGAAUUAACUCUUUCAUAUUUUGCAGUUUAUAAAUUUACACUUGCAUUUGGUUCGUGACUCAAAAAAUUUUCUUAAUUUCUUUUA